AUGGAACGAAAAGAGAAAAAGAAAAGGGUUCAACAUGUUGGAUCCUAUGAAAUAGGCAAAACAUUGGGAAAUGGAAGUUUUGGAAAAGUUAAAUUAGGUACCAAUAUAUUUACAAAAGAAAAGGUUGCAGUAAAAUUUAUAAAGGAAAAUAAGUUAUCUUCAAAACAAAGAGAAACAUGCAUGAGGGAGAUUGAAAUUAUGAAGUUAAUGGACCACCCAAACAUUGUUAGACUAUUGGAUGUUGUCGAGAAAAAGGAAGAUAAAAUGUCUUUUCUAGUAGUCGAAUAUGUCUCGGGUGGUGAAUUGUUUGAUUACAUUGUAGCAAGAGAAUUUAUCAAGGAAAAAGAAGCAAGAAAAUUCUUUAGACAAAUGAUCUCUGCAAUCGAAUAUUGUCAUGCUAAUUUGGUUGUUCAUAGAGAUCUUAAACCUGAAAAUCUUUUAUUAGAUUCAAAUGGUAAUAUAAAAAUAAGUGAUUUUGGUUUGAGUAAUAUUAUUAUGCCAGGAAAAUUAAUGGAUUCAUUUUGUGGAUCACCUCUUUAUGCAGCACCUGAAAUACUUAAAGCUGAGAAAUACCUUGGACCACCUGUCGAUAUUUGGAGUCUUGGUGUUAUUCUCUAUGCCAUCUUGUGUGGUAGUUUACCUUGGGAAGGUGAUAACCAAGCUGAAAUUUCUUACAAUUCAGUUCAUGGAAAUUAUGCUGACCCAACUCAUUUAUCAAAAGAGGCUGUACAUAUAUUAAGAAGAAUGAUUCAACCAAGUCCAAAAUCAAGGGCGACAUUGGAAGAAUUAAAAAUGCAUCGUUGGACAAACACAGAUUAUGAUACUCCACCACCAUCAUUCUUGAGUAUCAGAGAACCUGUAUACGAAAUUAGAGAUGAAUUGAUGCCCCAUCUCAUGUCACUUGGAUUCUCGGAUGAACAAGAAGUCAGAAAACUCAUCCUACAAAAUGUACAGUGUCGGGCAGUCAGUAUCUACCAUCUACUCUUGGAUAAUCUCGUUCAAAAGGAAAUCAGUGAAAUUAAAAAUAAUCUAAUUAAAAAACAACAACCAAAAGAUGAUAAUCAAUCUAAGAAAUUAUUAAAAAGUGCACUUUCAUUGGCUUCAAUUCCAGAGGAUGAAGCAGGAGGAGGAGGAAGUCACCAAGACAGUAAUAAUAGUUCAUUAUGUUCAUCACCAUCGUCUGCUCAUUCAUCUGGUACACAUGUCAAUGAAAUGAUUAAUUCUAUGGCCAUCGAUGACAACUCUUACCAAAUUUCAUCGUCCUCUCCAUCAAAGAGACGACAAUCUACUCCAGAGGGACCUAGUGAAGGCAUGAAAUACGUUUCACUACCUUCUUCACUGUCGGCACCUGCUUCGUCGCCGUCUCAGACACACAAGCAAAAACAACAAAGAAUGGUACCACAUUUGCAGAUUCCCAAGGGUGGUGUUGGUGGUGAGUUACAACAGGAGAAUGUGUCCUUGUCGGCUCGUGAGCCAUUCAAGGCACCAGCCACCCCAACUUCACAUCAAGAUCAUCCAAGUAGAAGAAGAUUCUCUAUCACUGGUCCACCCAUUCGUGAGGAACUUCAAAAUGAAUUCCUACUUGACAAAGCUACUGGUGUCAGCAGCAGCAGCAGUCCACGUGGACAAGACAGUAAAUCAUUUAUGAAUAAUUAUAAUUUUAAUAAUGAUCAUACUCAACAACAACAACAACAACAACAACAACAAUAUAUUCAACAACAACAACAACAAUAUAUUCAACAACAAUAUAUGCAACAACCAUUUAAUCAAUACCAUCAACACCAACAACAAUUUGCACCAUUUGGUCAACAAUAUAAUAUUCAAGCACAACCUUUUUCAUCACAAUCAUCACAAAAUCAACCAAUAGUUGAAGCACCAAGAACCAGAAGAAUGAGUUUGGAUUCGAGAAUGAUGGUCGAUGGAGCUGACGGACCGACUGAAAAGAAUGAACAUUUGGCAAGCCCUAGAAUGACCAAGGGUAUCUUUAAGAGCUCUACUACCACCACCAAAUCACCUGAACGCACCAUCGAAGAGGUCAAAAAGUGUCUUGACCAAACCAAUCUAUUCACCAAAAAGAAGGGACCCUACAUCUUUAUCUGCUUUGACGAUGAGACUGGUGUCAAAUUUCAAAUCGAAAUCGUCAAGAUCUCUGCUGUCAAUCUUACAGGUGUACAAUUAAAGAGAAUCAGUGGUGACACUUGGAAAUACAAAGAUAUUUGUACCGAAGUUGUUGAAUCAAUUCAUAUUUAA